AUGGAGGACAAAUCACUAUUCCCAUUAAACAACCUAUCUACCAUUGGCAGAACACCUUUAAUCUCUUAUGCAGUCUGGAGUCCUACCGGUCACCAAGUGGCUUAUGUGAUGGAAAAUGAAAUCUUUAUUUCGGAUUUAAAGAACCACACACGUGUCACGUUUGAUGGAUCUGCAACGAUUUUUAACGGAGUUCCUGAUUGGGUGUACGAAGAAGAGGUUUUCAUGAAGGACUAUGCGCUCUGGUGGUCUCCCGACUCCACGCAUCUUGCUUACCUCCGGUUUAAUGAAACGGCGGUCCCUGAAUAUCAUUUACAGUAUUAUGCUUCUUCUAAUAAUAGCUACCCAGAUGAACUGACAAUCAAAUAUCCCAAGUCAGGUUCACCCAAUCCUCUAGUUUCACUGCAUGUACAUUCCUUGGCACUUAACGCGUCUAUUAUGGUCACUAGCAACUCUACGUUCAACGCCACAGUCAAAACAACAGAUGCUUUUUUCGAGUUUGAAGAGACAGAUCGAUUAAUCACUGAUGUCAUUUGGUCAACCGAGACAAACACUCAUCUUUUAUUUAAGCAAACCAACCGCGUACAGGAUAUUGAGAUCACCAGUCUUGUCACAAUCUCAGCUAAAUUAAAUGAAACUACUGUAGAAAAUAUCAGAACGUAUAAGCCAGAAGAUGGUGGAUGGAUAGAGCCGGGUCAAACGAUGGUGUAUAUGCCCAACAGUAAGAAAAAUGAUACAACAGUCCGUUAUUUAGAUAUCAUCGAUAAUGGAUAUGGAUACAUUCACUUGGCAGUUCUAAAAGCAAUCAGCGGCAAAACAAAACCAGUCUGGUUGACUUCGGGUGAAUGGGAAGUCGUACCUGGUACCGUUACAGUCGACACAGCACGACAAUUAAUUCACUAUACAUCUACAGAGAGAUCGCAUUUAGAGCGCCAUCUUUAUAAAAUCAAUCUCAAUCAUACCAAGCCAAUUUCUACAAAGAAAUGUAUCACCUGUCCUGAUGAUCCAGACCGCCAUGCUUAUUAUACCACCAAAUUCUCACCCAAGCAUGGAUAUUAUAUCUUGCAGUAUGAGGGUCCCGAUGUGCCCACUACUACUGUCAAGCAGGUGGAUAACAGUACAUUUAAAAUGGUUCUACAAGAUAAUAAACCACUCAAGAAACUGUUGGAUACGUUUGAACUUCCCAGAAGCAGAUUGGUACCUGUCAAAAGUGGCGGAAUUAAUAUGGAUGCUAUGGAAGUCCUACCUCCAGAUUUUGAUGUUUCUAAAAAAUACCCUGUCUUGUUCCAUGUCUAUGGUGGUCCCGGAUCUCAAAUAGCGUCGUAUAAAUUUGAAUUGUCUUGGAGCACUUUCUUGGCAAGCAAAUUGGGCUACAUUGUUGUCACUGUGGAUGGUAGAGGAACAGGCUUCAAGGGAAGAAAGUACAAAGUCGGUAUCCGCGGUCGAUUGGGCGAGUUGGAAACCAUCGAUCAAAUUAAUGCGGCAAGGCAUUGGGCUUCACUUGAAUACGUUGAUUCCUCUCGUAUCGCUAUCUGGGGUUGGUCGUAUGGUGGAUACAUGACUGCCAAGGUGAUAGAAGCUAACAGUGGACUAUUUGCAGCUGCAUUGGCCGUAGCCCCCGUAACAGACUGGAGAUUUUACGAUUCCAUUUAUACCGAAAGAUACAUGAUGACACCUCAAUUAAAUCCAGAUGGUUAUGUACAAAGUGCAGUGAAUAAUAUGACGGGUUUCCAAGACACCAACUUUUUGUUGGUUCAUGGCACUGGUGAUGAUAACGGUAAGCAAUAA